AUGAAUCUAGGGAUGCCAGAAGACAUGGAAGAAGCAGGCUGGGUAGUACAUGGCAGUUUGAAGAUUAGUAGAAAUGAGUUAAGUUCUACAGCUAGGGCCAAAAGCGAGCAGAAGAAGGUGCUGGGUGUCACUCGGGAGUCAGAGGCCAUCGUGACCAACCUCUUCACAUAUGGGUACCAGGAACCCAACCUGGGUCUUCCACAGAGCAGUGUCACAGUGUCCCUGGAAGUGUCCGAGAGCCCUGGCAGUAUCCAGGUGGCCCGGGGCCAGACUGCAGUCCUCCCGUGUGCCUUCUCUACCAGUGCUGCUCUCAUUAACCUCAAUGUCAUCUGGAUGGUCAUUCCUCUCUCGAAUGCAAACCAGCCUGAACAGGUCAUUCUCUACCAGGGUGGACAGAUGUUUGAUGGCGCCCCCAGGUUCCAUGGGAGGGUAGGAUUUACAGGCACCAUGCCUGCUACCAAUGUCUCCAUCUUCAUCAAUAACACUCAACUCUCAGAUACAGGCACCUACCAGUGCUUGGUGAACAACCUUCCAGACAGAGGGGGCAGGAACAUUGGGGUCGCUGGCCUCACUGUGUUAGUCCCCCCUUCUGCUCCACACUGCCAAAUCCAAGGAUCCCAGGACAUCGGCAGCGACGUCAUCCUCCUGUGUAGUUCCGAGGAAGGCAUCCCUCGGCCCACUUAUCUUUGGGAGAAGUUAGAUAAUACGCUCAAGCUACCUCCAACCGCCACUCAGGACCAGGUCCAGGGAACAGUCACCAUCCGGAAUAUCAGUGUCCUGUCUUCAGGUCUGUACCAGUGUGUGGCUUCUAACGCCAUCGGGACAAGCACCUGUCUCCUGGAUCUUCAGGUGAUCUCACCCCAGCCCCGAAGCGUUGGAGUCAUCGCUGGAGCUGUCGGCACCGGGGUAGUCCUCAUCAUUAUUUGUAUUGCACUAAUUUCAGGGGCAUUCUUUUACUGGAGAAGCAAAAAUAAAGAGGAGGAGGAGGAAGAAAUCCCUAAUGAAAUCAGAGAGGAUGAUCUUCCACCUAAAUGCUCUUCUGCCAAAGCAUUUCACACAGAGAUAUCCUCCUCGGAAAAUAACACAUUGACCUCUUCCAAUACCUACAACAGUCGAUACUGGAACAACAAUCCCAAAACCCACAGAAACACAGAGUCGUUCAACCACUUCAGUGACUUACGCCAGUCUUUCUCUGGCAAUGCCGUUAUCCCCUCCAUCUAUGCAAAUGGGAGCCAUCUGGUCUCUGGCCCACAUAAGACCCUGGUAGUGACAGCCAACAGAGAGUCCUCACCACAGGUCAUGCCCAGGAACAAUGGUUCAGUCAGCAGGAAGCCUUGGCCUCAGCACACACACUCCUACACUGUCAGCCAAGUGACUCUGGAGCGCAUUGGUGCAGUACCUGUCAUGGUGCCUGCCCAGAGUCGGGCGGGAUCCCUCGUGUAGGAUGUUUGAGGAUGCUGUGUUUAGAAGAGAAAAAAUGGAAUGCCUCCUGACAAGGGGGAGAGCGGGGGGUGGGUGAGUGCUGGAAAGAUAGACU